CUCUGCAUUUCCUCUGCACCGUGUACUUGCUCUGUUCUGAAUCCUAGGGGACGCCCCAAAACCCAACUCUAAAAACAAAAGGGCAUGGUUCACCCUACCAACACCACCGCCACCUUUUCUUCUUCCCUUUGAGAGAGAGAGAGAGCAGACUGAAAUGAGAGGUGGAUCAUCAAUUAGGCAGCACAAAGAAGCAAUUGAAACGGAUAGUAAGGUGGUGAACAAAGACGAGCCUCAUCUCUCUGGUGCUUAUAUUCGUAGUCUCGUCAAGCAAUUGACAUCUUCGAGAACAAAAGACCCCAUGGAUCCCAAACAUCCGUCUCCUCCUGUCGCUGCCAAAUUGGACAGAAAAGGGUUAAGUGGCGGUGGUGAAAACCAGCAAGCCCAGCAGCCGCCGCCGCCGCCGCCGCACAAGAAGCAAGUGAGAAGGAGACUCCACACCAGCAGACCAUACCAAGAGAGGCUGCUCAACAUGGCCGAGGCCAGACGGGAGAUUGUCACCGCCCUCAAGUACCACAGAGCCGCUAUGAAGCAAGCCAACGAACAACAACAACAACUGCAGCAACAACCAGUAGAAGGAGGGAAGGACCAACUUCCAUGUUAUGAGCAAGAACCGAAGGUGAAAUCUAGAAGGAACCCGAGGACAUACCCAUCAAGCAGCGGCGGCAGCCCCAAUUUCUGCAACAAUAAUUAUCACUAUGUGGACAAUUUCUCCUCUUCCUCCAAUAAUCUGUCCCAUCCCCUGCCUCCACCGCCUUCUUGCUCUUUCCCCUGGACCAACUCCCCAAUUCUCCCACCAGUUGGAGGGGAAACCCUCAAUUUCCCACUGCCGAACCAACCCCUGGGCUUAAACCUCAACAUCCAGGAUUUCAACAACAUAGACACCUCUACUCUUCUCUACCACAACGACAGCCCCUCCACUUCUUCCCCUUGUUUCUCUUUCAAUAAUAAUGCUGCUGCGGCAGGGGAGGUGCCCAAUUUGCAGUUUCUGCAGCAACAGCAGAGCGGGGUGGCUGUGCCGCAGCCGCCUCCUUGCAGUGAUGAUGGGUUCCACCACGUGCUGGACGACGAGGAGAUGGCGGAGAUGAGAUCCAUCGGAGAGCAGCACCAGGUGGAGUGGAACGACACCAUGAACCUGGUGACGUCAGCGUGGUGGUUCAAGUUCAUGAAGACGGUGGAUCUGGGGCCGGAUGAUCAGCUGAAGGCGGUUGUUGCGGAUGAUCAUGAGAUCAUGGAGUUCCCGCCCUGGUUCAACCCUGCAAAUGAUGCCACUUUGCUUCAGCAGCAGCAUUGUUAUGAUUGCCCUCAAGACUACUCUCCUGAUCCCACCUUGCCCUGCAUGGACAUUGGCGAGAUAGAAGGAAUGGAGGGAGAGUGGUGGGCUUGACAAAGAAUUGAUUUUCUGUUUUUGGUCUAAAUCAAAUCUUUGAACCCUCUCCAUAUCUUAUUUAUUAUUAUUAUUAUCAUUAUUUCCAAUUGAUUCAAGCAUGCAGCUGCAUUUUUGGUUCGUUUCCUCUUGAAAUAAAGGCCUGCCCAUGGAAUGGAAUGGAAGGAGGGAGGGAGGAAGAGUAGUUAUGUUUUGGUGAUAAUGUGUUCUGUUUCUCCCCAUCCCAGCUGCUUGAAGCUGUAUGGAAAUGUAUUGUUUCUUAAUUUGUUGUUGUUGUUGUUGUUGUUAUCAUUAUUAGGUGAUUUUUCAGCUUCAGAGUUCGAAUUGAGAAUACAGAUGAAUUUUAUUGUCAUCAUAUUAUAAAUAAAAUGGAUGGUUUUGU